AUGUUUUGGGUUCGUGAUCUGGAAUUUGAACUAGGAGAGGAAAGGAAGACCAGAAUCAAGCAGGAGACACGAGUUCUAGCGACUGCAUCAUCAUCAUCGUCAACAUCUACACAACUACCGACAAUCACAGAGAAAAAGCCACCUUUGGCUCCCACAAGAUCAAUGCGAAUGCAACUCAGAAGUAUCACAAACUUCAUGCCGCAACAACCAUCUCAGCUUCCUACAAAGAGAUUCUCAGACACAACAAGCAAAGAGAAUAAUAAUUCUAAUAACAGCUUCAGAAGAUCAUCUGUGGACAUCAACACACUAAUGAAACCAAGAAGAAGCUCCAUCCCAUUCAGACCAGCUCCUCCUCCAUUAGCCAUUGCAUCAUGUAAUAACAAUAAAACACUCCAGGCGAGAAGGAGAGUUUGUAUUGCAUUUGCGACGUUGAAACCAGAACCAUCAUUGUCUUACAUGAACAUGACCACUCUAUCAUGCCCUGCGUUCCGUGGUGGUGGUGGUGAUCCGAGAAGGGGGAGAUACUCUAAGUUCUUCUCUCCAGACCACAAUUUUACGACUCCAAAGCAAUGA